AUGGCUGAUACUAUCAUGCAAGACACUGUCAUGCAGGAUGCUGAUAUGCAGGAUACUGACAUGCAAGAUACCACACAAGAUACUACCACAGAAGACACUACCACGCAAGACACUGUCGCGCCGGGCCUCGUGCGAAAAAUAGCGAAGAUGAGAAGAUCCGGCCGGGAAAGACACCCCCGCGAAAACCUCUGGAAACCUACCGAAAAAUUCCACCUUCUCCAUCUCUACACCACCCACAAAGAUAUUUCGAGGCUUGAUAAUGGCCACUUCCACUACCGCAUAGGCGCAGUAGCUAGCUUAAUGCGCGACAUGACGACCGAGUCCGUAAAACAUCACCCAGGAGGCUUGUUACACGCGUCUGAUCCAUGGUUUUCCAGAACUUACACCGAUGCUUUAAUUCAAACCAUGUUGCGACUGUGGCUUAGGGAAGAAGAUGACUUGGCGUUUGAGUUGGAGGCUGAGUUGAACGCUCACUAUGGUGUUGUUCCAGACCCCGCAGCAGAAGAGGCCACAGUCCAGUGGCAAAGACGAGCACUGGAAAAGGAGUCAAAAAUGGCGGAGCAGAGUGUGAAGAAAGCUUUGAAGAGAGCUUUGGAGAGAAAAUCGGAGCAGCAGCGAGAAACACCGGAGGAAAAAUUGGCUAAGGAAUUAGCGAAAGAAUUGAAGCAGCGGGAAAAUGACAUACUUAAAGAAAAGAAAUUCCAAGAAAAAAAGCGCAAAAGUAGAGAAAAGCGUAUUCAAGAUUCGAACGAAGCACUUAGAUUAGCAUUUACAAAAGUUAAAAAGCCUGUUGUCAUUAGUAAGACCGAUGCUUGA